AUGGAAAUAAAAGAAAGCAGCAGCUUUAUUUUGCUGCUGCAGCAGCUCUGGAGCUGCUGCAUAGCGCCUCCUGCUGCCUGGGGCGCCGGCCAGGGCUACUACCCUUUUUGUUUUUCGUUUUUCUUUCUUUCUUUUUCUGCUUUUCUUUGGCGCCGUUUUGCUGCUGCAAGGCAUUUAGAAAAGCCCAUUUUGCUGCUCAUUCCGCAGCAGCAAGCAGCAGCAGUUCGCAGCCAGCUCAGGGGCUGCAGGGCCCUCGUCGCAGCGCACACGCCAGCAGCAGCAGCAGCAGCAGCAGCAGCAGCAGCAGAAGACGUUGCAGCAGCAGCAGCAGCCAUUGCGGAGGAGGAACGCCUGCAGGUCAACUGCCCCGUCUGCAGCGCAGCAAUCAAAGCAGCAGCAGCAGCAGCAGCAGCAGCAAAGGAAGAACCAGCAGCCCGCGCCACCGCCGCACCGCGAAAAACACCAGCAGCAGCAGCAGCAGCAGCAGCAGCAGCAGCAGCAGCAGCAGCAGCAGAGUGUCCGGUUUUGAAGUCUGCUGCUCGCCAACUCGCAGCUGCUCGCAACAGAAGCCUCGGCUUUUACCAUUCUCUCCUCAUUUCUCUUUUGUCUCUUCUUUGCAUUUUCUUCGACGAAAAAGUUUACUCAAAUAAAAUCCAAGGAACUUCCCUCCUCUCCACCACCAUAGGUUAG